AUGACCUCCACCAUGAACGGAACGGCCACCACGCCUUUGCCCUUUCCGGAAAAUGCUCUCCAGGUCCAACUUUAUUUGUUGCGCUACAGCAACUUGUACGAGUCCGGCACCAGUGCCAGCGAAAAAAAGGCACUUGAGACGGUGUUACACGAUGUUUCCGAGGCCCAGGCGGCAUAUUUGCUCCAAAAAAGCAAGUUAGAGGAAGCCAAGGCCAAACAAGCCACCCCUGAGGUUGACCUCGAUUUGCUUCUGAAGCAGCUUCUUGCAUUAAACAUGUUGUCUGGUGAUUUAGACCUUCCAGAGACCUUGCAGCGCGACUUGGGCGGCAGUUACACCGCCCAAGAUGGACCUGAGCCAGCUCAGGACGUCGUCUUGCCCAUUGCGAUUGCAGAGAACUUUGCGGACAGAGCGGAACAAGCCGGUAUCACCCACUUGAUCAAGAAGGCCGACCCGGUGCACGACGUGGUGGGUAACUUCUACUCUGAACAGAGUGUCUCUGCGAAGAUCUCCCAGCGGCUAGCACAGUUAGAACUGAUGCCGAGUACCAUCGGUGGCUACGAUGCUAGUGCAACCGCGUUGCAGGCCCCCGAUGCGCUUGUCUCCGGCGUCGACGCUCUCAAGGUCAAGUCCUUGAUCGAGCUCAAGUCACUCAGGGUCUUGAGCAAACAAAAACAGUUGCGCCAGGACUUGAUCUUCAAGGUCUCUGCACGCGCCCACAACGACAUUGACUACCUCAAGAACUCACCGAUUACACAGUCGGCGCAGAGAUCGCUCCAUAUCCGCCCAAAGGUUAUUACCCCGCAGACCGCCAGGCUUGCCGAACAGUUGGAGGAGCAGCAGCGCCAGGAAAAGCAGGCCUAUGAGCACAGUCUUCAUAUGGCCCGUGUGCACAACAUCGUGGUCCAAGCAGACGCGUUUGUAAUGGCUAAGUCGACCCGGGAAACCCGCAGAUACGCUAUGAGCAAGUCUGUGUCGCAAAUCCACGCCCAGAUCGAGAGGGAUGAGCUGCGUCGGAUGGAAAAGACCGCUAAACAGCGUUUGCAGGCCUUGAAGGCCAAUGACGAGGAGGCGUAUAUCAAGCUUUUGGACCAGACCAAGGACACCAGAAUCACCCACUUGCUCAAGCAAACCAACUCCUUCUUGGACUCCUUGUCCCAGGCCGUGAAGAUGCAGCAGGCGGAGGCGAUCGUGCAUCAGGGUGGCGAGGUGCAAGAAGAGGCAGCAGCUUCGGCCGUAGACGAUUCCGCAAACGCCGAUUUGCGGGAAAAGAUCGACUACUACGAGGUGGCCCACAAGAUCAAGGAAGAGGUUACCGAACAGCCAAGGAUGUUGGUGGGUGGGACGUUGAAGGAGUACCAGAUCAAGGGUUUACAGUGGAUGGUGUCGUUGUACAAUAACCACUUGAACGGUAUUCUUGCCGAUGAAAUGGGGUUGGGUAAGACUAUCCAGUCCAUCUCAUUGAUCACCUACCUUAUCGAGAAGAAGCGCGAAACCAACAAGUUUUUGGUGAUUGUGCCGUUGUCUACCAUCACCAACUGGACCUUGGAGUUCGAAAAGUGGGCCCCAAGCGUCAGAACGAUUGUCUACAAGGGUUCGCCGCCACAGCGUAAGCUCAUGUCCUACGACAUCCGUUCGGGUAACUUCCAGGUGUUGUUGACGACCUACGAGUACAUUAUCAAGGACAGACCAAUGUUGGCCAAGUUCCACUGGGCCCAUAUGAUCAUCGACGAGGGUCACCGUAUGAAGAACGCCAAUUCGAAGUUGUCGCAGACCCUCACCCAGUACUAUCACACCAAGCACAGGUUAAUCUUGACGGGUACGCCGUUGCAGAAUAACCUUCCGGAGCUUUGGGCGUUGUUGAACUUUGUUUUGCCAAAGGUUUUCAACUCCGUCAAGUCCUUUGACGAAUGGUUCAACACGCCGUUUGCGAAUACCGGUGGCCAGGACAAGAUCGAGCUCACCGAAGAGGAAACGUUGUUGGUCAUCAGACGUCUCCACAAGGUCUUGAGACCGUUCUUGUUGCGCCGUUUGAAGAAGGAGGUUGAAAAGGAUCUCCCAGACAAGGUCGAAAGGGUCCUCAAGUGUAAGCUCUCCGGCUUACAGUCGCAGAUGUACCAGCAGAUGUUAAAGUACAACGCGUUGUUUGUGGGUGCGGGCGUCCAAGGUGCCACCAAGUCGGGAAUCAGGGGAUUGAACAACAAGAUCAUGCAGUUGAGAAAGGUGUGUAACCAUCCAUACUUGUUUGAAGAGGUGGAGGACAUAAUCAACCCCAGCCAUAUGACCAACGACGAUAUCUGGAGAGUCUCCGGGAAGUUUGAGCUCUUGGACAGAGUGUUGCCUAAAUUCAAGGCUUCUGGCCAUAGAGUGUUGAUUUUCUUCCAGAUGACCCAUGUCAUGGACAUUAUGGAGGAUUUUAUGCGUUCUAAAGCCAUGACGUACUUGCGUUUGGACGGCUCAACCAAGGCUGAUGAGAGAACUGACAUGUUGAAGGAGUUUAACGCCCCUGACUCGGAAGUGUUUGCGUUCUUACUUUCCACCAGAGCCGGUGGUUUGGGUCUUAACUUGCAGACUGCCGACACGGUUAUCAUUUUUGACUCCGAUUGGAACCCCCACCAGGAUUUGCAGGCCCAGGAUCGUGCUCAUCGUAUCGGUCAGAAGAACGAAGUGAGAAUUUUGCGUUUGAUUACGGAUGAUUCGAUCGAGGAGGUGAUUUUGGCCAGAGCCCACCAGAAGUUGGACAUUGACGGUAAGGUCAUCCAGGCCGGUAAGUUCGAUAACAAAUCCACAGCUGAAGAACAGGAGGCGUUUUUGAAACGGUUGCUCGAGUCUGAACAGGCAAAGCAGGGGAACGACGAAGACAACGAGGUCGACGAUGACGAACUCAACGAGAUUUUAGCCAGAGGCGAUGAAGAAAGGGAAUUGUUUGCGCAGAUUGACAGUGAUAGAAUAGCUACUGCCAUGGUGGAAGCCAGAGAAGCCGGUGUGGCUCUUCCUCUGAGAUUGAUGGCAGUUGAGGAACUUCCGUCGGUGUUUACCGAAGAUAUUGGUAUCCAUAUGCAACCAGCUAAAGAGGAGUUGGGGCGUACUAGAGAGAAAAAGAGGGUGUUCUAUGACGAUGGUUUGACGGAAGAACAGUGGUUGGAGGCUGUGGAUAAUGACGAAGACUCUAUCGAAGAUGCUAUCGAGCGCAAGAGGGCGAGGGCUGAGAACAGGCAGAUCAUGCCUGAUAGCGAGGAGGAUGACGAUGUUUUUGCUGAUGAGUUACCAGUUGAGUCGGUUGUUACUAAGAGACCUUCGCCGGCAGCUGAAAGCGGCCCGGUUAAAAAGAAGGGUAGAGGCCGCCCGCCAAAGGUCGCUGUGAAUCUUCCGCAAUGGGCCACCAAUGCUUUGGGCUUGCUCGAGGAGAUACUCCAGGUCAGGGAGGAGGGUCGUAGUCUCACCGAUGUGUUUUUGGAUAUCCCAUCUAAGAAGCAAUAUCCGGACUACUUUCUGGUCAUUGCCCAGCCAGUGUCCAUUAACUCGAUAAAGAAGACGUUGAAGCAGGGCAAGUAUGCCAGUAUCGGGGAGUUCGCGGCUCAGUUGAAGCUUAUGUUCGCGAACGCCAGAACAUACAACGAAGAAGGGUCGUGGGUGUAUAACGACACGUUAACCUUGGAGGCGUUUGUUGAUGAACGGUUGCCAAGACUUGCGUAA